GUCGACGUCAUCAAGCCCCACAACGAAUAAUUGCCAGGAUUCCGUACAAUCAGCUCAAGAAUGUGGAAAUAUAUUCUCUUCUACUGCGCCACGUGCAUCUUUGUGAACCAUGCCGCGCCGUCGCAUUCUGCAGACAAUAGAUCGAUUGAAAAGCGAGGAGCUCCGUAUGUUGUUAAGUCUGGUCAAUUCGAUUUCUACGACGCACAAAGAGCAUGUAUAUUUGCGGGCGGGAAGCUUGCAGAGAUCCGGACACCUGCAGAGCAGGCUGCGGCGGCAGCACUUGGAUUCGAAGGAGAUCUGUUCAUUGGAGUAACUGAUUUAAACGUUGAGGGCGUAUUUGAGUAUGUCACUGGUGGAGGAAUUACUUAUGAUAAUUGGGAGUACAUGGGCUCGUUCCCGGAUAUACAAGAUUGUGCAAUGAUGUCCAAAGCACUAAACUAUGGGUGGAUGAAUGGGAAUUGUGGCCAAAAACUUGAUGGCGCCCUCUGUGAAGGCGUGCCUGAACCAGAUCCAGAACCAGGUGUAUCAGGUGAUCCACAUAUGAGAACAUUCGAUGGGCGUCCAUACAGUUUCCAAGGUACAUGCUGGUAUACUCUGUUUAAGGACUGUUCCUCAAGUUCUGCCUUUGAAGUAACUACUGAGUUUCAGCCAAGAGAAGACAGUACUGUUGAACACCUUAGAACGCGAACUGUUUCGUUUAAUGCCACAGUUGGGGGUGAAUUUGUUGUCAUUAAUGGAUUAGACAUUGAGGAAAUUGAUAUCAAUCAGAAUGAUGACAAUGAUCAGGAAGCUGCCCAACUUGUUAUAAGAGGACUCGUUUGGGUAUCGCUGUUCACAUUCCAGGCAUCCCCAGUGUCAUUGGAAGAUUGCUAA